AUGGCAUCCUCUUUCAUUGAUAAACUGUGGAUUGUAAUUACUGCCAUUUGUUUAUUAGAUACAACUGAACCAGCUGAUGGCCAAUUUCCAUUUAUGAAAUCGAAAAAGCGACGUUAUAAAUUGAUCCCGUUUUAUGAUGGUGAUAUAAAAAUUAGCGAUCCCAGCAAACCUGCACUGAUUCAAGAUCUUUCACUACUAAGCCAUGUGUUGAAUAAUACGGCAGACACGGUGUUUGGUUCCAAGGAUAUAGCUCGUGAUUCAUUGACAUUUUUUGCCGACUUAGAUCAAAUUAUGAUGCAAUGGUUAUUUCUAUUUCUGAUAUGUUCAAGCAUUUUUCACAUGGCUGCGUGCGUUUGCAUCGGUUGCUGCGCAUGCUAUGUUUUCAAAAAUGAUAUUCGAAAUACACUUAAGUUUGCAAAACGGCAAGCUAAAUCACCUGAUCAGACACCAGCAGCAAAUGAUGUAAUAGGAGGGGAGUCACCCGCUGAACCUUCACCAAGAGCUUCUGUAAGUGCUGAUGCACAAGCAAAAGCAAUUGAUGCUAAUGCUACACCAAGUUGA